GACACGCGACCGUCACAUCGUGGCGUCAGUUCUCGCCUGUUUCGCUAAGGGUGCAGACCUGCUGAAUCGUCAUGUACACAGGUCCCGGGCAUGUGCUCGUCGCGAUCGCGAUCGUACUCGUCGUCGCUUCAGCCUUGUCGCCGUCACGCGGGGAGCUUAUCGUCGAAAUGCCCAAAUUCGCUGAACCGAUAACAAAUGUUACGGCUCCGGUUGGCAGAGAAGCAACAAUAGUGUGUAUUGUGGAUGACCUCGGUUCUUAUAAGGUGGCAUGGUUACGGGUGGACACACAGACCAUACUAACCAUUCAUAACCACGUGAUCACGAAAAACCACCGGAUCGGCGUGUCACACUCGGACCACAGGACGUGGAACAUACACAUCAAGGAGGUGAGAGAGUCCGAUAAGGGUUGGUACAUGUGUCAGAUAAAUACGGAUCCGAUGAAAAGUCAACUGGGCUUCUUAGAUAUCGUCGUUCCUCCAGACAUAUUGGACUAUCCGACGAGCACGGACAUGAACAUCAGGGAAGGCAGCAACGUGUCGCUGAGAUGCGCGGCUUCGGGUUCACCUGCGCCCAAUAUCACGUGGCGUAAAGAAGGAACCGAGAAUAUACGUCUGGAACACAGCCAACAAGUGCACAGCGUCGAAGGGCCAGUUCUGAAUCUGACACGGAUCAGUCGCUCUCACAUGGGAGCGUAUCUGUGCAUAGCGUCAAACGGGGUACCGCCAUCGGUCAGCAAACGGAUUAUGCUGGUGGUGAACUUCCCGCCGAUGAUAUGGAUCCAAAACCAGCUGAUCGGAGCAUUCAUUGGCCAAUCACUGACUCUCGAGUGUUUGUCCGAAGCGCAUCCCAAGUCGAUCAACUAUUGGACCCGAGAGGCCGGCGAGAUCAUUGCUCACGGAGAAAAAUACGAACCGGAAGAGUUUGUCACCGAACAAUAUAAAACGCGAAUGAAACUCACAAUUAAGUCUGUUACUGCCGAAGAUUACGGCACGUACAAAUGUUUGUCAAGAAAUGCACUCGGAGACACGGAUGGCACAAUAAAAAUAUACCAAGUGGCUAAUAACGGCGGACACAGCACUACGCGACCCAAGCACAGAUACAAGAACCGUAACCGGACCAGAAUACGAGCGCAAUCGAAUGAUAUUAGAGACUCGGCGUUCUUAUCGAAGGACGAAAAUAACGAAUUGCAGACACAUUACGACGAUGAUGGCGAAUUUGAAGAAUACGAUUCCGGAUCGCAAACUCACGAACUAGCGUUUUACACAGCGAUAUUAUGUGUAAUCGUGUUGGUGUACGGGCACGAGUGAUUCGAAAACACUACAAAAAAUACGUUGUCCAAUAAAAUUACGAUUUCUAAUAAUGAUAAUUUACUUAAACGCAUAGAUAAUAUUAUUAUAUAAUAUGAUAUGUUGUUAAGUCUGAAAUGUUUUUGGUUCUUUCGUGGUUUGAUUUUAUUUUUCUAGUCCGAUUUCUUGGAAUAAUGUAUUGAUUACUAUAUACACUUGAAUUUAACUAUGUAUAGUAGUAUUAUAUUAAUAGUUUAUAUAUAAGGAUAUAAUAUACAGGGUGAUUCUUUUAACAGUAAAUAUUAUGUACUUAUUAUUUUGAAAAGUAUUAACGCUUUAAAAAAUUUUUUUUUGCAUAAUUUGCAUUCAUUGCAAUGCCGUAUUUAGACAUUUUGUGCCCUGGUGUAAAAAAAUUGGUGAAGAAUAUUCCACUUGAAAUAUAGGAGAUAGAUCCUCAUGAACUCUUCCGAUGGCGAACAAAGUAAAGGAUCUAUUGGUUUUACAAUAAUGUGUGAUUUUUUAAAAAUAUUGUAUCAUAAUGUUAUGAACCCCUUUUCCCUUCCUGAAGAUAAAAUUGAGUGUAUGCAGCUCGAGCUAUGCUUAUAAUUCAUCAUAUUAUAAGUUGUUUCUUUUUUUACAUAUUUAGGUACUUCUUGGAUCAUAUUAUU